ACAGACUCACCUGAGUCUGGCUGAGAUGGAGCUUUCUGUCCCCGGCAGCUCCAGGUUCCGCAUCGACACGCUGCUCUCCCUCAGGCCGCCCGGCGCACUCCUCUCCCGGGCAGACCCUCCGGAGCUCAGCCCGGCCAGCAGCAGCGGCUGCUCGGCGCCUCCUUCCCCGCACAGGGAGCUCGUUCCCCGGCCGGAGUCCGCUCUGCUGCCCGCUCACCUGCAGCAGCUCCAGCCCCGCAGUGUCAGCUCCUCCUUCCUCAUCCGGGACAUUUUAGCGGACUGUCGGCCCUAUUCGGACCCAGGACAGGUGUACCCGGACCCGGGACAGCCUGAGCUGGAACCCGCGCCGCUCCAGUCCGGACCGGAUGAAGACUAUCAGGAUAAAAGCUCGUCUUCAGACAGCGAGUCCAGAGUGCAGGGCGGGGCCUCGGACCCGGCGGCAGCGUCUCGUCUGAAGAAACCUCGUAAAGCUCGGACGGCGUUCAGCGACCAGCAGCUGUCGAGGCUGGAGAGAAGCUUCCAGAAGCAGAAGUACCUGAGUGUCCAGGACCGCAUGGAGCUGGCUGCCUCCCUGCAGCUCAGUGACACCCAGGUCAAGACCUGGUACCAGAACCGCAGGACCAAGUGGAAGCGUCAGUCAGCUGUGGGUCUGGAGCUCCUGGCUGAAGCUGGCAGGAUGUUCCUGCCCUCACACUACCUGUACCCUCCGGCCCCGCCCACACUGGACCUGUACCUGUACAGAGGCCAAACCCCCCACCAUCAUCCGGCCCCGCCCUUGCUGCCCCGUGUCCUGACCCACACCGACCCACAACUCCGCUGACGGCAGCUCACUGGGAGGACUUCUGAUCAUCGGCUGAACCCAACAGAACCGAGGAGCUGAAACGUUUCCUUCGAUCUGAGACGAGUUCCGGGAGUAAAGCUGCUGUCUGCUCAGGAGUUCCCCAUCAGUCCAAGUUACCAUCAGGACUGAAGGUUUGAUUGGUCGAGCAGCUGUGAUGUCACAUGACACCAAAAUGACAACAGUAAUGACAGUUUUCCUGCAGCAGAGGAAACUGUCAUGGCGGAGAUGAUUCAGAGGAUCAGAAGCAAUAAAACAACCAAACAGGAAGUGAACUUUGUUUUUAAAUCAUUUGUAAUAAAACUGAUGAGUUUUUCAGCAUCUGGAUACAUUUCAGUUUUUUAAAUUUACAAUAAAUAAACAAACAGUUGGUGAAGUUUCUGCUCUGUUCUGGUUCUGGUUCAGUUUGAUGUCAAGCUGAACUGACUUCAUGAGUUGGUCCGGUUCAUGGCUCCACACGGCUGAAGAACUGACCAGAGAAAAGUUUCUGUCCGUCCGUCCAAUCAGACGGCUGAAGGUUUGAUUCUGGUUCAGACGUACAGAACGAUUAUCUGCUUAAACAUUAAUGAGGCUGAAAUAUUGAUGCUGUUAAAAGGCAGAUUACACAUCAGAGCAGCCCAGAGUUUCACACAGCGGAACCUUUAAAGGUCCACUUCAUAUUUACUUAUUUAUCGUCUGUUCAUUCAUAUAGUUUGUAGCUUCUUGCCUGAAAUUUUCCAUCAAACAGAAACUUGGAGACAAAACUAUUCAGGUUGAUGUGUGGACACACACACACACACACACACACACACACACACACACACACACACACACA